UUCUCGCGAGUUGCACUUUGAGGCCUUUGCUCCCUUGUGCCGCGAGCGGGAGACCCGGCGGCGGACUUGGCGGGCGAAAGGCGGAGGCAGAGGGCGGGGGGGAGCAGAGGCUCGCGCUCCGGCCCCGGCUGGAUUUGGAGGAAGAGGAGGAGGAGGACAGGGGGGAGUCCGAGGCGGCAGCUUCCCGACCGAGGGAGGAGACGGGCAGGCGCUGAGACCAGCUUCCCCCCGCCCUCCUGCCCGCCCGCACGGAGCAGCUCUGGAUUCCGUAGCCGCCACCGGCUUUUCCCUCCCGCGACGCUUCGGAUAUCAGCAGGUUUACAGGAUCCGCGCAGCCUAUUCCUGAAGGUGACUCCUUGGACCUAAAUCCUGCUGUGGGCCUACUUCCAUAUCAGCACUUCAAUCACUGUGUCCCUCAAAAGGGAAAAUUUCUAAGGUUUUGUGUCAUCCCAUGAUGCGGUCAUAUGUUUCUCAGAAGCAAAGUCAGCUUUGUUGAUCGGGCGCAAAGACCCCUCUCGAAAGAAGCCAUGCAGGACAGCUAUCAGAAUGUCAUGGCGCUGGGCCGGACGCCCCUGUUGCCGAAUUACCCUGCCGUUGCAAAAGACACUCAGGAGUCCCAGAGACAAAGGGCCAAGUUUUGGAGCAAAGAAGAGAUCGGUCUUUUUGUCGACCUCUGGAUCAGCCCGGAAGUCCAGAACGAACUCCAAAACACCUAUCACAACGAGGUGGUUUUCAACUGGCUCUCCAACGAAAUGGGUUUGCGGGGUUUCAACCGCUCAGCUCGCCAGUGCCGUGAGAAGAUGAACGCGCUGAAGAAGAAAUUUAAGGAGGUCACCACUCACAACAAAUGCCCCGGCGCUGGCGAAGUGCGAACCAUGCCAUUCUACGACAAGCUAGCCACCAUCCUCCUCAGCCGGAGAGAUGCCAAGAACUCUUCGAACAGUGGCGAUAAGGGCCAGUGGUCCAGGCAAGCUUCCUCGCCGGCUCCAGGAACAUCUGGGCAGGCGUCUUUACUUGCGAGGCCAUCUUUAAUUAGUCCGCCGGGACUGAGGUCCUCCGGGACAGCCAGCCAAAGCAAAUCCCACCUGCAGCAGCCCCCUCAAAAGCAACCUCGCCUUCUCCAGGCUGGGACGGUGUCUCCCACUCACUGCCACCGGCCUCUUUUGCAACCCAACCGGAGCUUGGCUAUGCAAAAGCACCGGGGACAUUCCUCUCCCUGGCCUACCGCCAACCAACUGGCAGUGGUCACUCCCAAAAUUGAGGAGCAGUCGCCGGAGGGAGAAGACCCGCCCAACUCGAUGUGCUCCGUGCUCCAAGGAAGCCACCUCCCCAUGGAGGUGCGGGUGAUCGACGAGAACGGCAUCACGGUCACCUCCUCCAUGUGUGAGGAGGUCAAGCAGGAGCAGGACGAGGAGGACGCAGCUCACGAUCCCGAGUUAGAGUUCGAUGCCAAGUUCGAAAGAGAAAUUGUGGAUGAUAGCGACCCUCCAGAGGCCACCGGCACCCGUCUGGACCCAGACGCGCUUUCAGAGUAUUCGGAAGAACCGUAUGACGAGACCGAAGGGGUUGACGACUUGCCUGUGGAUUUGCUACAAUGUUUCGGAGACCGAUUCUCCUCCUUUGGCGGGGUGGAAGAGAGCAACCAUGAGCCGGAAAGACCAAAACACGAACAUCCAUUAUCCAGGGCUUUAUCUACAGCUGAAAGUCUCAUUCAGGAGCAGGAGGGGGAAGUUCUUGAGAACUCCGACAUCAUCUGUGCUCCUUUGGGCAACCUUGGACGGAAGGACCUGAAUGCCAGCUUUGAGGGUGUCGGGCCGCCAAUCGACCGCGUUCCACCUGCGAGAGGCCUGGGGGACGAUGCUCCACUGACCAGCGCGCAGAGAACCGCCCGGUUCAGGAACAAGAGAAAAAUUGAGAGAGUCCAGCUGGCAAAGGAGCUAAUUAACGCCACCCGAGAAACUGGCGAGAACAUCCGCGAGGCUCUUUACGAGCUCGACAGCAAGGAGUCGCAGAGGCGGGUUGACGAUCGCAAGGUCGCCGUGUGGUGCGCCAAGCACAUCGCGAAAAGCAUCCGAGUCUCGAGCCAAACCAUGGCCGCCGCCAUGCGUGAUUCGGACGCCGCCUUCCAGAGGUGCAUGGAGAGCUACACAGUGGCCCUAGAGAGGCAGACGACUCUGUUGGAGAACAUUGCCGAUUCGCUAAACGCCCGCGUCUCGGCUCCCCAGCCUUCCCUCCCCACUUCCACUCCCGCCCAUGGGACACGUGAGACCUCCGUGUGCGCGAGUCCUGUACCAGCACCUUCACCGCCCAUCCCCAUGGAGUCAGAGAAGACUCCCCCCUCGUUGAGAAGCCAGCCUGGAAAUGAGGAAGAGUCUCCUGGGGGGGCAGACUCCAAUAGCAGUAGCCGAUAAUAGUCCGAAGCACCCUUCCCCAAUUUGGUGCUCCCUCCCCAUGGUGUUGGGACCACAACUCCCAGAAUUCUCAGCCGGAGGGCACCACACUGAAGAAGGUUGGUCUUCACAGAACACUUGAGCUGCUGCAUUGUUCCUCUUGUCAACACAACAGAUCACCAAGCCUUCUCCAACGUUGACAAGGUUACCUCAGUACUUCCAUUUACUCCUAUACAAUCGUUCUUCUGUUACGUUACUUGAGAGAGAAAAAAAAACGGUGCUAUUUUCUGCACCUUAUUCUUGUUUACAAAGCUCUGUUAAACCUGCUUUUUUUUUCUAGCACUGUAUACAAUACCCAAUAUUUACUAGACGGCACAGCCAGCUUAUGCCAUAAUAAAUUUGUUAGUUUUUAAGAUGCCAAAAGACUGCUUGUUGUUUUUGCUGCCAGAGACUCGCCCACUGCCAUCCCUGUACAGCACGGGUCUCAAACUCGGAUCGCGUCACGUGACGUAUCGUGACCUAUCGGAAUGUUUUUUUUGCCUUUGUAGAGCUGGGGUGGGCGUGGCCUGCGAGUGACGCAUCCGGCCCAGUUUGGCAGCCCUGCUGUAGAGAAUGUAGCAUAUAGGUGGUCCUUGACUUACAAUCAGUCGCUUAGUGACCAUUUAAAG